AAUGCCACUACUGUGACGUCAUACAAACAUGACACUCACCUCGGUUCAUACACAUACAUAUUACGUAACGUAGACGCAAACAUUUUGUAGGACGGAGGCACAGACACACAACGAACUCAAACACAAAGACACGCUUCAGGCUCAGCCACACACACACACACUUUCUCUGUCUGUCUGUCUCUCUCUCUCUCUCACACACACACACACACAUGCAAGUUAUAUAUGAUGUAAUACGCAGACACGUACACUACACAAGUUAGUCUGCGAAACAUCGCCACCACCACAACCACCACCCCCGCAGUAAACUUCACUAUCAUCACCACCGCCACAACCACCACCAUCUCCACAGACGUAUACAAACAUUACAUCACAAAAUUGUGAGCCGCUAUUAAUUGAGUUGGCUACCUCACACACACACACACACACACACACAUACACACACGCACGCACACGCAUAUAUAUAUACGCAUAAAUAUACAUCGACGACGUAAUACACACAUUUCUCAACGUAGUUCACAUCUAUAUGACAUCUAAUAUACACACAGUCACACACAAUGGAAGAAUCGCACAGAAAUGUCCAAGCUGUUGGCCGGAACAAACCUCCUGGGAGCCUCAAGGUUCAUUCAUUGUCCAGCCUGGUCAUUAACUAUUUGACUGUCCUUCUAACAUCCUACUGGAAUUCCUUUAUUAUCUGGCUCAGUGAGCGUUGCGAGCAGAAUACUUGGUUUAACUGGAGGCCAACAUCGAAGAUGCAGCUGUCAGGGAUUGAACAUAAAAUCUUCCAAUGUAUCAAGACCAAGAUGGAAUCUUUGUUCGUGCCGAUCAGGAACAAUGAAUGCCAAAUCCGAACCAUUGUGUUGAAUCGGCACCUGGAGAAAAUGCCGUUGGUCAUGGUGCAUGGAAUGGGAGGCGGAGUCGGCAUGUGGGUGCUCAACCUUGACUCUCUUGCAGAACAACGACCCAUUUAUGCAUUUGAUGUGCUCGGCUUCGGCCGGAGUUCGCGACCACGCUUCAGCAACGAUUCGACAGAGGCAGAGAGUCAGUUCGUCGAUUCCAUCGAAGAGUGGCGCGAGAAGAUGCACCUGAACCGCUUCAUCUUGCUCGGCCACAGCCUCGGAUCCUUCUUAGCCACCUCCUACGCCAUCCGCCACCCUGAACGUGUGCACCAUCUCAUCGCUGUCGAACCCUGGGGGUUUCCAGAGAAGCCAAGCAAUGCUUCGACGCAACACCUGUCCUACUGGGCGCGAGCCAUCAUUACUAUGGCGCGUCCAUUCAAUCCUUUUGCCGCAGUCAGAGCCGCAGGGCCUUGGGGUCCUGGUCUGGUGAAGAAGUUUCGCUCCGAUCUCCAACAACGUUUCUCCAAACUCUUUGAAGACGACACAAUUCUCAACUAUCUCUACCACUGCAAUGCCCAGACACCCAGUGGUGAAUCGGCAUUUAGGACGAUGACAAUUCCAUUUGGAUGGGCCAAGAACCCAAUGAUUCUUCGGAUCACAGACCUAAACAAAUCCAUACCGAUGACACUAAUCUAUGGUUCCAGAUCUUGGAUAACCUCCCACACUGGUCAAGAAGUCAAAUUCCUCCGCCCCGACAGCUAUGUUGAUGUCCAGAUAAUCCAAGGUGCUGGACAUCAUGUGUAUGCUGACCGCUGUGAUGACUUCAACGAAUUAAUAACUGAGGUUUGUAGCUUUGCUGACCAAGAUAAGGGACAGGACUCGGAAUAACAA